UACUGUUGAUAUCUAUGUCAAAUAAACGACGGAAAAUGGAAAUAAGGUUCUUGGAAAUUCCCCUUUUCUACUGUAUUUGCCCUUUUUGUGCCCACUUGCACUUUUUUUUAUUAUUUUUUUCCUUUUCUUAGUUUAGUGAAUUAUCAGUACAUUCUAAAAAAAGCUUCAAUAAUUGGGUAAAAAUAAAAUAAAAUCUUCAAUAAUCGUACAAGGUUUUCUAUUUCGUUUCUCUAGCGUCCCUUGGGUUCUGUUGUGUAGUUUUUUUUUUUUUUUUUAAUUUGCUCCAAUUUUCAAACCUUUAAACAGUGAUAAGUUUCUCGUUUAGGGUAUCUUUGUUGGGGAAUCUGAGGUGAGUUGGCUGUGGAAAUCUAGUAAGGUUUGAUAGAAAAAGAAGAGAGAAGUAAACCUUAUUGAUUGAAGUUGUUGUAGAGGGUUGAUGCGAUUGCUUUCACUCCAUAAAUAUUUUGUCAGCCAACGGUUCAUUCUCCCUUUGUCUCCCCUUUUUCCACUGUAUUUUGGCUUUUAGGUGCUGAUUCUCGCCUGGGUUCUUUCCUUUUUUUUUUUUUUCUAUCUCUGGGGUUGGCUGCGCUUGUGUGGAGUUUGGACUGUGAUUCCAUAUCUCAGCCAGGGCCAAAUAAGAUGCCGGGUGAAACCAAUGCUACAGGGUUUGGUGACACGACUUACACCAAGAUCUUUGUCGGAGGUUUGGCUUGGGAGACUAAAAGAGAUACCCUGAAACGUUAUUUUGAGCAGUUCGGAGAGAUACUAGAAGCUGUCGUUAUUAAUGACAAAAGCACAGGAAGAUCAAAAGGUUAUGGCUUUGUGACGUUUAAGGAUGCUGAUUCGGCGAUGAGGGCUUGCUCUAAUCCAUCUCCCGUGAUUGAUGGAAGAAGAGCAAACUGUAAUCUUGCAUCUCUUGGUGCUCAAAAGAAUCGUCCAACUUCUGCCUCUCAGCAUGGGAUGGAGAAAUUUAGCCCACCACCUCGAGUCAUGGCACCAUCCAGUAUUGGUACUCCAGCAUUUUAUGGUCAACUCAUCCCGCAAUAUGCAUUUCCAUAUUGGGUUUACGGGUAUCCUGGUCACACACAGAACAUUUAUUCAAUGAACUAUUAUAAUGUAUAUGGAGGGCAGCAGUUCCCAUCCCGUUACACCACCGGGACUCCUGGAUCCCCUGGAGUCUACUUAAGUUACUUCCCACUCUAUCCCCAGCAUGGGCAGAGCAGCACAAGUCAGUAUCCAAAAAUCACUCAAUAUCCUAACGCCUCUCAGCAACACGGUACAUUUGGGACCUUAACACUUCCUCGAGCAGCCACUCCAUCUUUGCUUGCUACUACCGGUGCACCAGCCACAGCAGAAGUCGCCGGGAUGCCAGGAGCUGCCUCUGCACAAAAUUCAUGUGUAAUGCCAGCGACUGAUCAAAUUACGAUUUCAUAACUAGGAUCAGUAGAAACAGUGGAAAGGAUACAAUCAGAUAAGUCAACUGAAUACUCUCUACAGAUUACAGGCAGAAAAGAAAGGGACGGGGUUUUACAUUUUACCUUUUCUCACAAAAAUCACACCUCAAUACCGCAAAGAUUAGAGAAGCAUUCAAGAGUAAAUGACAGAAUACGAUUUUUCACUUUCAGCCAUUUUUAGAUUUGCUAUUUGGAUAUAUUCUCUUUCACACACCACAAUAUACACACUUUUUAUUACCCCUUUUAGGAAUGGCCUUUUUCUUAAAUUCGUCUCAAAUGAUCCUACAGUGAUUCUUAUAGAAACUAUAUCUGUUCGCAUUAUUGAUCAAGAAUUCAUAGGAUUUUAAGUUUACUUAUCUAAAAAGCAAUACUGGGUCUGAAUAAUGAAAGAGAGAGCCAGCUAGGGUCUUGCUUGGCUUGUCAGUUCAUCAUAGUUUUCCUUCGUUUUGCAGUUUGUUAUAGAGUCAUUGUCUGACUCUCUGUCGUAUGCCUGAAGAGUAAAAAAUUUACAUCUCAUCUUUCAUAUUCCUUGGGCAUUUUUAUCUUUGCAUUGUCCAUCUUUUGCAUAUUCAACUUCCGGGAUUCAUGAAGUAUAUGUCGGGAAUCGAAGAAAAUGCCAACACUAACUAAAUAAACGUUGAGUGCGUUGGGUUCCUUGUUCCAAAUUCACUUACAUGAUUGUGCAUAUAUAAUUAAUUAAUUAAUUUGCUUCUAAUUCUUCAAAUGCUACGUAGAAAGAGGCCAUUAUUAGACAGCGAAUCCCGGUGGGGUAAGUAGGACGAUUGGUCCGCAGGUCCGCACUCCACCAGCUAAAGGCAGAUACAAACUUUUCAAAAAAGGUUGUGGCUGCUCGCUAGGUAUUCCCAUUACUCGAAAGCACAGAAUACUAAUUUAUUUUGUGGUUGAAGUGAAAGUUACGUAUUAAAACAAACAAACAAACAAUGGUUUGUCGAACGCUAAUGCUGCACUUCCAUGAGGAGAUAUUAUGUGAAUCCGUAAUGGUAUCCAUAUAGAGAUCUGAGUCUAUACUUGUGAAAUCAUUUUUUGUAAACAUGAAUCUCCAUACCAACAGUCUCAGUAGUUCAAUUUCUGAGGUAAACAGAAUUGUUCCAAUGAAAAUUUUGUAGCAACAUCAGACCAAAGUAAGUCAGCUCUAUCAGAGUUCACUGUCAGAAUUUUAGGGAAUGCUCAGGGCCAAUGUUAAUUGUCAAAUAUUUGCCCUUAAAUUCAUAAUCUCAAACAUAAAGGUAAACCCUUGUAUAUUUGCAAUAUUGCAUCAUUAGUGUUAUUCUUCCAUAUCCUUAGCGAUCUGAUCAAGUCAAAGUGCCAUAUAUCUAUUUAAAGGAACCACCAUUUUUUUACCAAUAUGAGAAAAACAAAACAGGGUAAAAAUCCAGGACAUAUCAUUGACAGAACCCCUUUUCCCCCACCAAGAA